AUGGCCUCCACGUCGGCCGAGAACUCGAAAGGCGCUCGGAGGCGCACCACUGGCCUGCCGACGCGCGUCCGCGUCCCCGCGAGUUUGGAAAACGGUACCGGCGGCGGCGGCGGCGGCGGCGGCGGCACCGAGGAUGGACGCGACGACUCCGGCCUCUCGUCCGAGAGCUCGACGCCCACGAAUGGAUCGCCGCCUCCACGGCAGCCCAGGACGCCGACCAACGGCCAGACGAUCACCUCCACGAGUAUCGGCGUUACCGCUGCCUCCACCACCGCAGUCUCUUCGCGAGCCAAGAAUAGUUCCGGAAGAAUCGGAAGUGACAGGAUGUCAAGGCUGUUACGCAGUAGAUCGGGAACGGAAUCGCCGCGUUCGUUAGACAAUAUGCGCAACCGUCAAGUUUCUAGUCCUAUGAGAACGUCGGGAAGUGUGUCAUCCUCGUGCGUAGAUUCCGGUGAUGAGGCCAGCCUCAGGAUAGACCGCGGCACGUAUCAGUACAUGUUCCAGGACAUUGUCUCCAUAAAGACGAUGCUCCUGAAGCUCAAGCGAGUUCUUCAGGAGACAGAAACUCUCAACCCAUUCGAUAAUCCGAAGAAUGGCCUCUUCUGUAACCUGAAUGAGGGUGGAAGUAACAUGACUGACGUGAGCACAUCACCGGGAAGUGGUGGUAGCAGUAUUGCAGACGAACUGGCGGAUCUGAGAAGGCAGGUGGUAUUCCUUCAAGGCCAGGUGGAGGACCGAGAUCGCACGAUACAAGUGCGGGAUCGUACCAUUGAGCUACUUGAGCUCCAGAUGUCGAAGCUUCAAGAACCUAAGAAUGGCGAUACUCAAAGCUGUACUUUGCCGACACGCAACAUCAACGUCUCCUCUGGAGAUACCUGUAAUGCCGCUACGCAAACAGAAAAGACACGUCCAGUGUCGGCGGGACCCUCGCUCCUACAGUCACUCCCACAGGAUGGUGUCAUGGGACCUCUCGUUAGUUGGAGUGACUCGUUGGACCGUCAGCGACCAUCACUGCUCUCCGAGCUUAAUUCCGCCGGGAGCCAUCGCAAGCCAAUCGAACGUUUACCUCAUACGCUAAGACUCCGUCAGGAACAGACUCCGAUACGGCGCAUCAAUGUGCAUGCGAGAAGACACUCGUCGGAAUGCGUGUCCGGUUCGCCCAUCAAGCCGAAAAAUUGCGUAAAAUCGCCAUGCGAUUUGAACGACGCAGAACAACAUGACGCUAAGAUUUACACAUGGGUCGGCACUCUCCUCCUGGCGAUCAAUCCCAGCGGCGAAAUUGCCACCAAAGAUAUUUACAAUCUCUCGCAAGCUCACGAGUAUGACAAUGUAUGCGAUGUGACCUGUAAAGAAGUGUCGCCUCACAUAUUCGCCGUGGCUGCCCGGGCGCACUACAGGAUAGUUCAGGGUCUCGGAAAACCUAGCCAGGUGAUAGUCUUAAAUGGAGAAACCGGAACGGGAAAGACCUUCAAUGCGUGGAAAGCGCUGGAAUUCUUGACCGCAUCUCCUAAAACUUUUGAGGCGCAAGGUGCGGUUUGCGAUAUCGUGCGGAGAAUUUCGGUCGCUUGUCGUUUGAUAUCAGCCUUCACAACUGCGCCCACUGAAAUUAACAAAGUCAGCUCGAGAAAUGUGCAACUUGUAUGGCUCGAGUACAAAAUGGGUAGCAUAUGCGGAGCAACGAUAUCCUCCUACCUCCUGGAAAGAGAUCGAGUCACGAAGGGCUGCUGCAAUUUUCAAAUUUUUGGACAGAUGAUGAGCGCGAUAGGAAACGUAAGCUUCGCGGACUUCAAAUUGUCGAUGGAUACGCGAUACUUCAUGGUGAGCGACUUGGAUUCUCCGAGAGUGCGGGAAUUAUGCGACGAUUUCUAUGAGACUACAAGAGCGAUGGAUGUACUAGGGUUUACAGGGAGUCAGAAGAAGGACAUUUUCUUCAUUCUCUCCUUGCUUAUUCACAUGGGUAACAUACAGUUCGUGCAGGAAGACGAUCGUUGCAAGAUCGAUAUGAAUGAUCAACAAUCUAGAGAAGCCUUGAAGAACACGUGCAGGCUAGCCUGCAUCAAAGAAGAGGACAUCGUCGAAUUGCUCACAUCCACUUUAAUAAAUCCUCAAAACACUCGGCGUCGACACACCAUUUGUCGACGUAAUCUCAACACGAGGGAUGCCUGUCGCUACCGAUUGCACAGCAUCAUCCGCCACUUAUACGAUCUUCUUGUUUGUUGGCUGAUCAAUUUCGUGAACGAAAUUUUAUCCGCUCGUCUAUAUAGCGAACGAUUGGGAAUAUUGGACAUUUUUGGAUUCGAAUGCUUUAAUUCAAACGGCAUCGAGCAACUUUGUAUUAAUUUUGUAAACGAGAAAUUGCAGCAAUAUUUCGUAGAAAACUAUCUGGUGUCCUGCCGAAACGAUCUGCAAAAAGAAGGUCUCAUUGAUGAUAAAGAAUCGUUAUUUAUUGUGCAAUUGUAUGAAGACCGCAUAAGCACGAUCGAAAAGUAUUUGUUUUCUGCCAUAAACGAUAUGUGUUUAUCGACUGUCCCGAACAACUCGUCUACAUUAAUACAUCAAGUGAACAUUAAGAACUGUCCUGCAACGAGACGAUUUUUGAACGUAAAGAAAGAAAAUUUUGUUAUACAUCAUUACUCUGCUACCGUAGAAUAUUCCGCCUGUGAUCUACUUUCUAAGAAUACCGAUAAGAUUCCGGACGAGAUAACGAUAACAUUUAGCGUGAGUACGAAUAAAUUUCUGCAUUCGUUAAUUGCCAAUAAUCCACAUCAAGCUCAAUUUAAUGGAAAAACGAAGAAGCCUACGAUGCUUUCCAAGCUCCGAUAUAAUGUGGACUUAUUGAUACAAGAAUUAAACAAAUGUGACAUGCAUUACGUUCGCUGCAUUAAGCCACAGAAACUCAACAGCCACGAGUGGAAUCGAGACAAUCUUCGCAAGCAAUUGGCUAAUACGGGUGUUCUUGACGCGUUACCACUGGCUAGAUGUAAAUAUCCAGUUUAUUUCACCUACUGGGAUUUUUUCAAACGCUAUAAUAAAAAACGCACAGAAACAUGCAGUAAUUUACAUAUGGCUUGCAAAAACAUAUUGAAGUCGUUUUGCCGGGAUGACGAUAAUUCAUCGGUGUAUUACGGGAAACGUUUGAUCUUUUUAAAGGAAUCUAUAUUUCUGCGAUUAGAGGCUGCUAGGAGGCGAUACCGCGCAGAAUGUGUCUGCAAGAUCGAAUCUUUUUGGUUGAAGUAUAAGAAUUAUACGCAACAUAUGGAAGAGGACAUAACUGAUGAUACGCAGGAAAUUGUUAGCACCAAUAUCCAGAAUGAAGUGAUUGAGGAAUCCCAAUUGGAACUUAAGACUGUCGUGCCUGUAUCAAGAAUGAACUGCUGUGCAGAACAACAUGAAUCGCAAAAUAUAAAAGGAACUUCAGAAAAUAUGGAACACGAUGCUCAAGCGAUCGUUAAAAAAAAUUUACACGAACAAUCCCAAUUCGAGAGAUCCCUCUCAAAAUACGAACGCAUUUUACCAAUACAAGAUUACUUACGUUUCGUAUCUGGAAAACGUGUGAAAAUACUAACAAGACUAGUAAAAAGAACCGCAUAUGUAUUGCAUUGGCUGGAUGACGUGAAUAAAGCAAAAAAUACAAAAAAGAAUAAAUCAUCAAUAUUACAACUGUUGCGAGAAGAUAAUAGUAACAAUGAAUCAGACAGCAAUUCAAUUUACGAGGAUAUUCAAUUACAAGACCAUAAAUCUUUAGAAUCUUUAGAUGAUAAGUUUCAUAUGCAAAACAAACAUGAGGAGAAUCUUGGACAUUAUAACGAGAAAGAAGAUUUGUAUACUAUACAAUGUGGCGCUUCUAUGCUGUUUUACAAAAAUGGAAUUUUGAGCCGACGACGUCCAGCAAGGUUACCAAUUAGAGUACAUACUCGACUCAGAUGUCUACCCAAUUCACAUUAUUUGGUACAUACGGAGCUACCACAGGGUUUACAAGAUUGUCUUUAAAAAAAUAUUUGUACAAAUGUAAUUCGCGUAAUAUUUAUAAAAGUUCCCGAAUUUCCACUUCACUAAA